AAGUUGUCGGUUGAAUGAUGACAAUGACAGCUUGAGCGGCUUUUUCAAAUUUUGUUUUGUGUGUUUGUUCCUGACGGGAUUAAUGUGGUGAAAAUCGUUUCAAACGUUGGAAAAGAAUACUAAAGCAAGUGAAUUUUAAAUUGUAUUCCACAAAACAUGUCUAACCUUGACGAGCAGUACAACAAUUUCUUGGAAGAACUCGAGCAAAAACCAGAUAUACGUCUUAUUAAUUUCGAUGAUGAUGACCCUCUUCGGGAAAUUAACGCGAUGGCGGAAGCCGACCGGAGAAACACCCGGCUGAUGAGAAAUCCCGCUGCCUUCGCGGGACGAUCCGGCCCCGAUUCGGAUGAGGAAAUGGACACUGGCUAUGAUGGUGAUGGUCCUCUGUCAGAGCUAAAUCCAAAUGAUUUGAACAGGAAGGUGUUGAAAAUGAGAAGCGGAGAAAUGGAUAUUGUUCUCGAGCCGGAGAAAGCGCUGAUUUAUACCUGCUUCAAUACCACUUACGAUAGAGCAUCGCUGAAUCGAGCUGAUGUCUGGCAUCAAAUUAUGGUUCAUCAUGAUGGAAAGUACACAAAAUCCGACAUAUUGGACGCAUUCUUUACUCUGAUCAGUGCGGACGAUUUCUACCCGGUUGCGUACAGACAGCAUUCGAAUAUCGAUUACUUUUUGGUACGGCUUUGCAGCAAAGCACUUGUGAAAUUGUUCGACAAGAAUUUGAAGCUUCCUCUGACUGGCUCAUCGGAACCGCUAAAGCUCACUAUCAAGCUUAAUGUGGCCAAAUUUAUGCAAGGUCAGAUUUUCCCUAGUGCAAAGGUUUUCGCAGCGGUGGCGGAACGCUGUGAUAAUGCAGCUUUGUAUGGUUUCUCCAAUCUACUGAAUUUGGAUAACUUCCGAACCCAUGGAGAGUUCGAGGAGCUGUGUAUCUUUCUCGGAAAUCGAGCCCAUUUGGAGUUGGUUUGCAGUUCAAUCAAUCGGCUCGAAGACGUUCGAAUCAAGGUGAACGCUAUUAAACUGACAAACAAUAGUAUCGCUCACAUAUCGCCGCUUGUGGCCGUCAAAGAUUUGCCCAUUCAAACGCUCGAUUUGCGCUACAACAGAAUUAAGCAUCCCGCCUCGUUGAGACCUCUGAAGGGUUGCGGAAUCAGCGAAUUAUACAUCGAGGGAAAUGGGAUAGUAGAUGUUCCAGGGUAUAUGGAUGUGCUGAAGGAAUACUUUCCAAAUAUCAUCAAAAUUGAUACGAAUUUUAUAGGUGCCGCUACGAGAAAGCAAUCAUCUGCCUCGGUUCAAGUCGGUGGUAACGAUGAGGUGGAAAUUACCGCUGAAGGGGAAGUUUACAGCUGCGUCGGAGGUGUAAUUCAAAAUGCUAAGAGCUUCAAAAAGUUCAAAUUUAACCAGAAAUGGCACAUGGUGAUAGUGUCACAUGGAGGGCGCUAUGGGAAGACCGAAGUAUUGGACGCACUGUUUACCAUGUUGGACGGCUACGACUUCUAUCCAUGCUACUAUAAAACUUAUUCAAAACAAGAUGAGUUUCUCGUCAUUAACUGCUAUGAAGCGUUGGCUUUCCUGGUGCAGAGCAAGUUGGCGAUCAGGAUGAAAAGUACCAACGAGUUGAUUGCUGUCUUGUUAAAAAUGAAUGUCGCGGAUUUCAAGGAAGGACAAAUAGUGGUCGAGGAGAAACUAAAUUUCUUCUUGCGCGAUCGUUUUAAUGAUCGCUGCCUGGAUUUGUGUUCCAUGCAGCAGCAUCUGAACAGUUUCAAGUUGGUGGAACUCUGUGCCAACAGCAGCCGAACUCUGUCGAAGAUUCUACAUUUAGCGGGGAAGUACGGUAACAACUGUUUGGUUAUCCGACUGAGGAACAACAACAUAAGGAAUCUCACUGCAUUAUCUUCACUGAUAUCGUAUCCGAAACUUAUAGCGCUGGAUUUGAGAUUCAAUGAUCUUCGUACCUUUGAUGACCUGCAGGGUGUGAUGAAGAACAAAAUCAAAGAUGUGUUCCUGGACAACAAUCCGCUGUGCAAUACGGCGUCAUCCAGUAUCGAGUAUAUUCGGCAGGUGCGUGCUUACUUCCCGGCGAUAGAGAAACUGGAUGGAAUGCCUCUGCUCGAGAACGGCAAUUUGAACUUCUCGCAAAAUUUCAUUUGCAUGCCGGAGGCAUACAAAUUCACGGAAUCGUUUGUGCAGCACUACUUCAACAUCUACGACUCCUUCCAGCGGUCCAGUUUGAAAGACUUGUACCACCCGAAGGCACAAUUUUCGAUGACAUGUAAUUUGGUGCAGUCCAAAACGAUGGAUACACAUCAGGUACGGUUAAGCGCCUACCAGAGCAAGAGUCGCAAUCUGUUGAAGAUGGCUAAUAUUGACCGUGCCAUGACCAGUUUGGUGGUGGGAAACGAGAGGAUAGCAAAUGUGCUGGUUUCUUUCCCGAAGACAGAACAUGAUUUCUUCUCGUUUCGAAUCGAUACGCCAAUCUUUCGGCCGGAAUGUGUGGUUAUCUGCGUACACGGCGCCUUCAAGGAGAUGGCAAAUUCUCUGUUGGGUGAUGAUUUCGUUCUUGGUUUUACCAGAACUUUCUACAUUCAACCGUGUUCUAAGGGGCUCGGCAUAUUUGAAAAGGCGAUUGAGUUCAAAAUCUAUAAUGAUUUAUUCCACAUGUACAGUUUGUCUACUUAUGGACGAGAAAAUGUAUUCAAACAUCAUGGGGAACCGGAAACAACGGAACAAUUUGUUUCACUCAGCGAAGAGCGCGAGAACACCGUAAUUAUAUUCCAGGAGCUAACUCGCCUCACCCGCAAGUGGUGUGAGCGAUGUUUGGAGGAAUCGUCCUGGAACUUGAAGGUCGCACUGAAUAUUUUCCUCAAACUGUACGAGGAAGAUCGCAUUCCCGAGAAUGGGUUCGAUCCGACGCUUAUGUCGAAACGAUAAACAGUUGGGGAUUAAUGUAGAUUUUUGCACUUCUCUUCCGCGAUGAUGCGGAUUCGUAUGUAUUACAUCCAGUAUAAUUAAGAGGACUAAUUAUUCACAAGAAAGUAGAAAUAUAUAAUUGACGAUUC